AUGUUCGGAGGGCUAACUCUACACCUCGGCUGGAUGGGAGACUCAAGUGCAGGGGCACAUGCAGGUGCGCUAUCUGACAUACCGGCCACGGUCCAAGCCUAUGGUGUCCUGGAUUACCUGUCCCCCCUCACGUUCGGCCUGAUCGGUUCGUCGAUACCAGGUUGGCAGGAUGAGCAUCUCAGAGGACAACACACUGUCCGAAUGUCACCCAUAUCCACUGCGCGCCUAAAUCCCGAGGCGCAGGCCUUCUGUCUUUCGCCCCCAGACAACUACGUCCUGAUCCCAGUCCUCCUGAACAACACAAAUACGGCGGCACUGCGAUACUCAUUGACACCACUUGGCCGCACGACAAGUGCGAAUCCUACCUACCACGAUCUGAGCGCUCGAGAUAUACGCGCUAUCGAGAGCGCACGCGAGGAAACACUGCAGCUCACGCGUGUCACGAAGAGCAACAAGAACGAUGAUGAUUACGACGAAUACGACGAAGAGGAAGAGCAGGACGACGAGUCGUCAAGCUCUGGUCUGCAGAAGACGCAGUCGCUCAUUCACAUCAAGCUGGACAAGCCCGGCACCCUGCGCAUCGAGAGAUUACUGGACACGUCAGGCGUCAUGGCAAAAGUCUUCACUUCGGAGGUGACCGUCGCGCCUUGCCCGCGUGCCGAGUUCAAGUCAUUGCCAAAGGACGGCGACGUCCAAUGCGCGGCACCGGACCUGGAGAUGCAAAUGGAGAUCGACAUCUAUGGUGUUCCUCCACUCAGUAUGCGAUACUCCAAGAUCGUCAAUGGUCGUCGUGAGCUGUUCACGGUCGAGGGUGUAGAAGGCGCGGACUCUGGGGAAUUACCCUCGUCACAACAAGCAGCGACAAGCUCGUUGGCGGUCACUGAACGGAAAUUCGUCCAGAGGGUUGCGGCACCACAAACGAUCCCGGUACCGCUCGCGGCAGCAUUGGACACAACAGGAACUCACACGUAUGUCCUGGAAGAAGUGACCGAUGCCGUCGGCAACUACGCGCGCCUUGGCCAGGAUUCCCAACUGAAGACGACUUCGUCUGUUACUGUUUUGCGGAGACCGGCAAUGUCAUUCAAGAGAUGCGGUCCAGGAAAGCCUACGCCGGUCCUCAUCGGUGCAGAGACAAGCCUACCUGUCGUUGCCAGUGUUGCCGACGCCAUGGACGCGCCUUAUGAGGUCACGGUGAAGUACAAUCCACCGACGGACGCUCCCAGGCGGUCAAGUCCCUUCACAACAAAGUACUCUACGAACGACUCGAGGCAAGAUGUUUCGGUCCUCGCCAAAUAUCCUGGCGAGUACACUAUCGUUGGAGUCCAUGGAAAGUACUGCGAAGGCGACGUUCUGGCCCCUGAUGUCUGCACGGUGUUCGAACUGCCAAAGCCGUCCGUCGGUGUUGAGUGGGAGAAGAUCCAUGAAUGCUCUGGCGACACAGGUGUUCGUGCGGGCUUGUUGUUGCACGGCACACCUCCAUUCCAAGUCACCUACCAAGCCCAGAAGGGCAGGGGCACACCACGAACCCAUACGAUGACCUUCCAAUCCUCUCGAGACGAGAUCAUUAUCCGACCUCCCGAAGAGGGUGACUACAUCUUCAGCAUCACGCACAUCAGCGACGCGUAUUACAAGAAGGAGGAAGUCAAGGCGAAGAGCAUGAAGCAGACGAUCCACCCAGUCGCAUCUGCCGAGUUUGCUGGUUCUGGCAGGCGAAAGCAGAGAAUGAGCAUCUGCGAGGACCGCACUAUCGAUGUUGACGUGCAUCUGCGGGGCUCGGCACCUUGGAAUAUCGAACUGCAGAUCAUCAGCCCUAGAGGCAGCAUGAUUCGCACAUACAAUGGCAUUGACGUCUCGCCGAAGCGCUUGCAAAUACCGAUACCGGACGAAGUCGACAAGGCUGGCGGUCACCUCGAGAUUGACCUAGUUAGCGUGCAGGAUAAGUCCGGGUGCAAGCGUUCUCUCUCUACUCAAGGCAUCUCUGUGGAUGUUCGGAGAGUUAAGCCUACUGUCAAGUUCUACGGAUCCCCGAGCCAGCGCGAGAUUACCGUCCUGGAGAGGCAAAAGACGCAUCUCCCAUUGCGUCUGACUGGCGAUGGUCCAUGGACCGUGAAGUACAGGCGCACGGAGUCUCCCAGUUCUGUGCUCACGGCAAGGCUCAACUCGCCGAACGAUGAGCUAGAGGUCGUCGAGAAGGGCACUUACGAGCUCAUGGGGGUGAAUGAUGUGAUGUGCCCCGGCUCUGUUGUUGCGGACUCGUCCAGGUUCAAGGUGAACUGGAUACCGCGGCCAUCAGCCAAGCUCGCUGAGAACACGCCGGCAACAUAUGAACCAUUCAAUUCCUCGCAUAUCCUACAACCCGUAUGCGCUGGAGACGACGACUUCAUUGACCUUGAUCUCUCUGGUCGUCCUCCCUUCCAAAUUAUGUACAACAUCGCCAAGGCUAACAGCUACUAUGGCCGCUCCGAUAUCAUCGACCAGCCCACGUACAACAGCAUUCAGACGCGGACACGCUUCCAGCUGCGCACAGAUCAGCCUGGACGAAUGUUGUACGAAGUCAAGCAGAUUGGCGACGUGCACUACCCUCUGGAGAAACACAGGAACGCGACCAUCCCGCAACGCGAGCGCCUUCUCAUUGAGCAGGACGUGCUUGCGCGUCCGAGUGCGCGGUUCAAGUCGCAGGAGGCGCGCAUGUCGUACUGUGUCAAUGACGCGCUGACAGCACAGAGCAUCGCCUCUGACGAUGGGCUCGUCCUUCUCGAGGGCACGCCUCCUUUCACCCUCACCCUCGACGUCGGCAAGCUCGGCACGCUCGAGCAUGAGACGGUCGAAGUGACGGUCAACGAGUACGCAUGGAAGCUUAGCCUACCGGAGUAUCACUUCAAGUCGGUCGGCACGCAUCGGGUGUCCAUCCAGUCCAUCGCGGACGCGAGUGGUUGCGCGCACGUUCCGCUCGACCCCUUCCAGACCUCCCUGAACAUUGACGUCGCGGAGAUGGCGGCGAUCGUGCUCUUCGACAAGCGCGAGGACUUGUGCGUUGGGGACAUCACUCAGUUCCAACUCGAGGGCAUUCCGCCGUGGAACAUCGAAUACCGCAUCAAUGGUCGCACGCACACGGAGGUCGCAAAGACAUCGCCCUUCGCCCUCCUGCAACAGGCAGCGGGCGAGUUCGCCGUCACCUCCAUCGCACACCAGCAACAAAAGUGCAAGGCCGCGGUCACUGACCUGCGGUACCGCGUGCACGCGCUCCCGUCCGCCGAAGUCGGGCACGGCGGCGCGUACUACGACGACAUCCGCGAGGGCGAGCAGGCCAACAUCGUUUUCACCUUCAUCGGCGAGCCGCCGUUCACGUUCACCUACCAGCGCGCUGAGCUGGGGCGUGGGGGCAGGCCAGGGCGUGUGCUGGAAACGCAUACUGUUUCGAAGAUCGUGGACUACGACUAUAAGAUCACAUCGAACCAAGAGGGUGUGUGGACCGUAACGUCCAUCACGGACAAGUACUGUCGCUACCCGCCAGCGCAACCUGACGUAUUGGACAAGAGGAGGGGAUAA